AUGUAGUAAUCAGACUGUAGUCUUAAAAAGUGUCUUCAUGUUUGUGUCUCCACAGCGUCAUCACACAAUAAAAGACGUCGCACCUUGCUGCCCAUCACCCCCAUGCCCCACUUCUCUGACAUGGACACACCGGAGCUGAAGAACAAACUCAACAGGUUUGGUGUUCGGCCUUUACCGAAGCGCCAGAUGAUCCUCAAACUGAAGGAGAUCCACCAGUACACCCACCAGCUGGUCAGCUCGGACUCUGAGGGUGAGGCGCCCUCGGUGGGCCACGCAGCUCAAACGAAGCGACCACCCACCGGUUCAGAGGUUCCUGGCAACAGGCCGGCUUCCUGCGCCCAGAGAGUGAAGUUUAAAGAGCCCAGAGCGCCCUCUGCCGUCUCCCCUCUGAAAGCCAACAGAGAGGAGGAGGCAGAGCUGCUGUCUGCCUCACAGGGCUCCAACACCUCCUCCACCGCUGCCAGUGAGGAGUCUGAAAGGUCCAACCCAGAGCUGUGCCCCUCCUCUGACUCAGACAGCGAUUGCGGCAUCUCUGCCUCCCAGUCAGCCAACAGACUUCAGGAUCGCCUUCGCGCAGUGCGCUCCUUCAUCCUGUCUGACUCCGGACUGUACAGUCAGAUCCUCCAAUACCAGCCUCUGGUCCUGUCCCAGCUCCAGGAGCGACUCAAAGCAGCAGGGAUCCGCCUCGGUGCCGCCAAGCUGGCGGACUACUUGGACUCCCAGUGCAUCACCUUCACCACAGCCAAGCCGGGCCACAGCGCACCCAGCCGCAGGCGGGGCAAAAAGACGGGCAAGGGAGCGAAGGCCGCGGGUGGAAGUGCAGCGGGCAGCAAAAGAGCCGUUACAGCAGCGAUUUAAAACUUUAUGAAUGCGAGGAAGGUUUAUUUAGAGAGAGAGUGGUGGCAGGUUUUUAUUGAAGUGCUUUUGAUGGAAAAGAACUUGAGGAAGAGGCCAUGAGACUAUUUGUGGUUGUGAUAGACUUGAGGUUUUACUAUUUGUACAAAUAUUUCUUCAGGACAGGUUUAUAAUGUAAGUAUUUUGUUUAAAAUGUUGCAUUAUGAACCCAGUGUGAAAAUAAAAAAAAUGUGAAUGUUUCUCUAGUUGAUGGCCACAAAUGGUUUCUUUGAUUCAAAAGUUAUCUUAGCAAAGUCCCUCUCCUCUUGAUGGGAAAAUAGAAUUCGUCAUCUUAUGUUGGAGAUAGUAUAAAAACAGUCUUUCGACCCAAACCAGGUACUAUCAUUUACCUAUAUAAGAAUUAUACUACAUGUGUUUCAAUCAGUCA